GGGAGAAUAUGACCCACUCCUUCAUUUCUGCUUCGGAGGUUGUUGGUAGAGACUCUGACAAAGAAGUGAUUGUAGAUCUUCUAAUGCCAAAAACUGUUGAUCUACAAAAUGGGAAUUCCCAGAGUGUUGUCUCUGUUAUUCCCAUAGUUGGUAUAGGAGGGUUGGGUAAGACCACACUUGCCAAGUUGGUCUACAAUGAUGAAAUGGUCGUUGGGCAUUUCGAUUUGCGGAUGUGGGUGUAUGUGUCAGUGGACUUUGAUAUUCAUAGGCUGAUGGAAAAGAUCCUUAGUUCUGCACUAGGUAAAGAAAUCAGUGAGAAAAUGUCUGUGGAUCAAUUACAAGCAAAGUUACGUGAGUCAUUGAAGGAUAAGAAAUAUUUGCUUGUCUUGGAUGAUGUAUGGAAUGAGGAUCGUAGUCAAUGGAGUGACUUGAGAAAUUUGUUGAUAGACGGGAUCAAAUUAGGAAGUAAAAUCUUAGUGACAACCCGUAAUCUCUCAGUUGCUUCAAUCAUGGGCACUGAACAACCAUACAAUUUAGCUGGCCUUUCUUAUGAGUAUUGUUUGUCAUUGUUUACAAAAUGUGCAUUCAAGGAAGGUGAUGAGAAACAGCAUCCACACCUCUUUGAAAUUGGAAAAGAGAUUGUGAAGAAGUGCGGAGGGGCUCCGUUGGCGGUGAGAACUUUAGGGAGUCAACUGUACUCAGAGACUGAUGAGCGUCGAUGGAAAUUAGUAAGAGAUUCUAAGAUAUGGGAAUUGGAGAGAGGGAGUGGUCAUAUCUUGCCUGCUUUGAGAUUGAGUUAUAUUCAAUUGCCUUCAUACCUGAAACCAUGCCUUGGUUAUUGUGCAUAUCUUUCAAAGAAUAGAUGUGAUUCUGUGGAUUUGAUCCAUUCUUGGAUGGCUCAUGGAAUCCUUCAAUCUCGUGAUAAUGAGAAUUUGGAGAUGGAAGAUGUUGGGGAGCAAUAUUUUAAAGAAUUAUGGGCGAGAUCGUUCUUUGAAAAUGUGGAAAUUGACGAGGAUUUGUAUGAUGUCGUCUAUACAUUUUCUAUGCAUGAUCUUAUCUAUGACCUUGUACAGUCAAUUGGGCAAGAUGAGUGGUCUGUUGUGGAUUCUAGCACUAAAGACAUCGAUGAAAAUGUUAGACACUUGUCAUUUUUGAAAUCUGACAACAAACUAAUAGUUUCAACGGUGUUGCAAAAGUUGAAAAAAGUGCAGGGUAUAACUCUAAUGGAAGAUGUGCAAAAGUUAAAAAAAGUGCAGAGUAUAACUCUAAUGGAAGAUGUGCCUAUCGACGAAUCCUUCCUUGAUACUUGCUUUUCAAAAUUUAAAUAUUUGAGGGUGCUUCGCUUCGUUGAAUUAUCAGUGGAGUUGCCAAGUUCCAUUGGUACAUUAAAGCAUUUAAGAUAUCUGGUUUUACAAGGAGGUAAGAUGACAAAACUGCCCACUGCCAUUUGCAAGUUGCAGAGCUUGCAAACCCUAUUUCUUGGUGGUUGUGGAAAUAUUCACGAGUUGCCAAGAGAUAUGAGCAAGUUGAUCAGCCUCAGAUCGCUUAUAAUGACGACGAAAGAAGCAUGUUUUCAAGACAAUGGAGUGGGAUGUUUGAAAUCUCUUCGGUUUCUCGCGAUUGUAAAUUGUGGUAAUUUAACCUCUUUGCCCCGCGAGAUGAGUUACCUUGCUGCAUUGCGGACUUUGAUAUUAGCUGAUUGUGAGCAACUCGAUCCGGUGAACCAACAUUAUCAAGCAAUUCCAUUGAGGCUUGAAAAGUUGGCUAUUAAGGGACUACCACGGAUGACGGAGUUGCCUGAAUGGUUUCGAGGAGCUCCCAACACCCUACAGCACCUGUACAUUAAAGAUUGUUCCAAUUUGGGUUCAUUACCAGGGUGGCUCACAAAUCUAACAUCACUUAAAAAGCUUUUCCUCAAGAAAUGCCCCAAAUUGUUGUCACUUCCAGAAGGGAUGGAUCGUCUCACUGCCUUGAGAGACUUGAAGAUACAACGGUGUCCUGAGUUGCAGAGAAGAUGCGAGCGUGACACUGGUGAAGAAUGGCCAAAGAUUGCUCGGAUUCCAAACAUUUAUAUUUCAAACUGGUGA